UUCCUUUUGCACAUGGUUUAACCUACUUUUAUCUUUGAAUAAAAACUGUAUUAAAUGAACUAGAAAAAAUAUUGACUUGCGAAUGAUCGACGGCUUCGACGAUAUCGGCUGCGCUGCAUGUCAAGUACUGUCUUCUUAAACGUAGUUGAUUUCGUAACCCUAUAACGAAUGUAUUCAUUCGAGAUAUAUCUUUGAGAUGAAGUUAAUUAUUCGCCAAGUAAUUGCCGCGCUAACGAGCAUUACCAGCCAUUGCACGAGAAUUAUUUGAAUGAGUAUUCAUUAUGAACUCACUGUAUUAUCAAAGUAAUUCUAAUUAUAACGCGAUUCACAUGGAGAUUAUAGUUUCCGCUGAAAAAGUACGAAUACGCUAGCGAUCGGAGCGAGCUACUCAGUUUUAAUCCACAGGUUAAUCGAGCGAACUUCAAGUCCACUAUGAGUCUGUCUACCAUCGGUCACGUCUUACUUGCUUUAGUUUUAAUUAAUACGACGGAUCAAUCAUAUGCGAUAGUGAUAAAAUUCGAAGAUGUCGACGUGACUUACGUCAAUGGGGAGUUCGUCGAUGAAAAUACUUUCGAUAUAUCCGUGAACUACAUCAACGCGACGUACAGCACUUUGCGAUGCAAAGCAGACGUUCUGAAAAAAUUUCCCGAAGACACCCGAAUUAUAGCAAAAUUAUACGGCUAUGCUUUUGGAAAUUACCGGGUACCUAUGGGUCUCAACGUCAACACUUCGACUUGUGAUUUGAAGACAAAAACUAUGUUUAUGGCUCCUUUCAUAACUGCUAUCGGAGGUGACUUGGAUAAAUGCGGACCGGACGUGGGUGAAUAUGGAAAUGAAAGUUUCAUCCCGAUCAACUUUUCUAAGCUUCCAAGCGUAUUCCCAGCAAAUAAAUAUCUCAUCGACGUCGAAGUAAGCAAUAAUGACCUAAAAAUUGUACAAGCACAAUUCUUCAUCAAUUUACUUUAGAAAACUACUGUGAAAAUAAUACAACUAUGAAAAUGUAUGAAUUAUACCUUCUCUCCAUUGUUCUUAUUUUAUUAUAAUCUGUAUAUGUAAGAAAAUUAAUAAUAAACAAAAAAUAAUUCUCCCGUUCUAACGAAGAAAUAUUUUACA